UAAUCAGGCACUACGUUAAACAGCUAUGGCAAAGUAUGAGAGGGCAGUAGAGGAAGAGCAGAGGGGGCAUUGGUAGGGAGAGAGGACAGCUGACAGUUUACUGAUAAUGUUUAGGUUAAUGUUUAGCCUGAGGACAGGCAGCCUUCUACACCUGCCGAGCAGCUUGAGGGCGCCUCCGUUCUGCAGCAACAACUCAUCUAAAAUGUCAUCAGACUCACACUGGCUCUCCCCUGAAGACCGGGAGCAGCUAUUGGUCGAGCUCAGGGCCACAGGCUGGAUGGAGGUGGAGGACCGUGAUGCCAUCUUCAAAGAGCUUCACUUUAAAACCUUUAAUCAGGCGUUUGGCUUCAUGUCACGGGUGGCUCUGCAGGCAGAGAAGAUGAACCAUCACCCAGAAUGGUUCAAUGUUUAUAAUAAGGUCCAAAUUACACUGUCUACACAUGAUUGUGGAGGGCUGUCAAAACGGGACAUCAAAAUGGCCAAAUUUAUUGACAAAAUUUCACUUUCCAUGUAGUUUUUUUUUUUUUUUGUCUUUAGUCUGCAAUCUGUCACAGCCUUUGUAGAUACACUGAUUUUAGUUUCAACUCUUUAAAAAGACGACUGCACUACAGAGUUAAAUGUAUUUAGUCUUUCACAUGUGCAUAUCCUGCUUCUGAUUUUUGUCCCAAAUAAAAUCUGUCAAAAUAAAAUAAACAUUUUACACUGUU